GGGCGGCUGGCGGGAGCGGUCUGCCGGGUUCAGAGUCGCCGGAGGUCGGCGCUCGCUCGCGGUGCGGUGCGUGGCGUCACAAGAGCGCGAUUGUUUCCUUCAUUCACUGACGAGCUCCGCCGGUUAACAGCACUUACCAGGGACACAUAUGAGCAUGAGUCGUCUGUGAUCUGCAGCGUGUGGAUGGGAUCAUGCGAGCUCUGUGUGCAGUGCUGUGCCUCGGCCUGGUGGCGGCGCUGCAGCCCAAACAGCACCCAUGGGUGACGGAGAACUGCAGGCGUCUCUCUUCGCUGCUGCGGCAGAAGCAGUCGGCGGUGCGUAAGCUGAGCGCGGCCGGCACGGUGCUGGAGCGGGACGAGACGCUGGCGCUGCCCGAGAAGCUCUUCCGCCUUCACACGCUGGAGGUGUUCCAGCGCGAACUCAACGAGAGCGAACGCUCGCUCUUCCAGGCCGUGGAGGGACUGCAGCGCGUCAUGAAGGGGAACCUCCGAGACGUGGCCAGCAUGAAGGACAGCAGCCGGCAGAGACUGCAGGCGCUCAGGGAAGCCGCCAUCAAGGAGGAGCAGGAGUACAUGGAGCUGGUGGCGGCGGAGAAACACCAGCAGGAGGCGCUAAAAGUGGCACAGGAUCGAAACAAAACCCUGUCCAUGCUGGACGAGAUCCUGGAGGACGUGAGGAAGGCCGCAGACCGUCUGGAGGAAGACAUCGAGGAACACGCCUUCGACAACAACAAACAGAUGAAGGGUGUGAACGUGGAGGCCGUCCUGAGGGUGGAGGAGGAUGAGGAGGACGGUAAGAGGAAGAACGCAUCGAGGCAGGCGGCCAAAGGCAAUCUGGGGCUCAGCAUGCUGAUCGACUCUCAGAAUAACCAGUAUGUGCUGACCAAACCUCGCGACUCCACCAUGCCUCGCGCCGACCACCACUUCAUCAAGGAUCUGGUGUAUGUGGUCAUGUUAUCUCUGCCCUGCGGGUGGCUCUGUACGCUGAUGGGACUGCCGCCCAUGUUCGGUUACAUCAUCUGCGGGGUUCUGCUCGGCCCAUCGGGACUCAACAGCAUCAAAUCUAUGGUUCAGGUGGAGACGUUAGGAGAGCUGGGCGUGUUCUUCACUCUUUUUGUGGUUGGUCUGGAGUUUUCACCCGAACGCCUCCACAAGGUGUGGAGGAUCUCGCUGCAGGGCUCUGGGUAUCUGAGUCUGCUGAUGGUGGUCGCUGGACUGGUCUGGGGUCAGCUGCUCGAUCUCCAGCCCACACAGACCAUCUUCAUCUCCAGCUGUCUGUCUCUCUCCAGCACUCCGCUGGUGUCUCGCUUCCUCGCCGGAGCAUCCAGAGGAGAAGCCAAGGAGGGUGAGCUGGACUACAGCAGUGUUCUGCUGGGGAUGCUGGUUAUGCAGGAUGUGCAGCUCGGUCUGUUCAUUGCUGUGAUGCCUACAUUCAUUCAAGUAGGAAAUGGAGACGUGGACAGCGUGCUGAUGGGAGCGCUGCGUGUGCUGGUUCUGCUGGCUCGGGUUCUGGUGUCGCUGGCGGCCGUGUUGCUGAUGUGCUGGAUUCUGCGCUCUCAUCUGGUCGGUCCCUUCUACAGGAAGCUGCAUGCGGAGAGCAAAGGGAACAAGGAAAUACUAGUGCUGGGCACCAGUGCCUUUGUGUUCCUGAUGCUGACGGUGACCGAGUUCAUGGACGUGUCGAUGGAGUUGGGCUGCUUUCUGGCAGGAGCGCUGCUCUCCUCACAAGGUCACAUGGUCACUACUGAGGUCAUGAGCUGCACCGAACCAAUCCGAGACUUCCUGGCCAUCAUCUUCUUUGCAUCGAUUGGGCUGCACGUGUUCCCGACCUUCGUCCUGUAUGAGCUGACCAUCCUGCUGGUCUUGACCUUCUCACUGGUCAUUAUGAAGUUCAUAAUGGCGGUGGUGGUUCUGUCCGCAAUUCUUCCUCCGGGAUCGCGUCACCUCCGCUGGCUGGUGUCGGCCGGACUGGCGCAGGUCAGCGAGUUCUCCUUGGUUCUGGGCAGUCGUGCGCGUCGGGCCGGCAUCAUCUCUCGAGAGGUUUAUCUGCUGGUUCUCAGCGUCUCCACCUUGAGUCUCCUCCUCGCUCCGGUCUUAUGGAGAGCCGCUACGCUCAGAUGCGUCCCGCGGGCCGAGAGGAAACCGCUCACCUGAGCUGCGUUACGCUAGAAUGACGCAUCUCACAUUAAUGCAUCAUAUUGAUGACAAACGGAAGGGCAAGGCAUUAAUAUAAGAAAUAUUUUCACAGUAAUGAAAGAAAAGGGCACAGCUUGCGAAAUGCUUUUAUAACAUGUCAUCAUGUCUGUUAUAAUAUGUUAUAUAUGAGCAAACGUUAUUUAUUUGUGUAAUACGUGCCUUGAAACGAGCUGAUGUCAGCAGACGAGCCAAACAAUGCACCUGUUAUGAAGGAAAGCGGCUCAGAUGUGGGUAAGUGGAGAUAUAUAUACGAAUCCACUGAAGAUGAUUCACAGCAGACGCUUGACCGUAUUCAUUCGUGAUUCAUGCUGAAGUUGAACUCUCAGCACUUGAGUGGGACCAUAAGUUAAAUUAAUCAUAGACAUAACUGGAAUACUCUGAAUCAUUUCUCUGGACUGUUGAUUCUCCGUCAGGAUCAAAAAAUAAAAUGACAAACUUCA